AUGUCUUUCGUCGACGCCAUCGGAGUUAUCUCCGGUAUCCUGACCAUCGUCUCUUUCGCCUCGGACAACUUCGGUUCCGGUGAGACCUCCGGAUCGACCUUCAAGGUCGCCGUUGCUUUGGACGGUCCCAACGGACCCACCGAUGCUGGUGGUGAUCUGCCCGACGUUCGCGUCUGGAACGACGUCGGCAGCUUCGUCGGCAUGACCGCCGACCCCGGUACCGUGAGCAACGGCAACCUGGGCGAGAUCAAGGUGGACCACGAGAACCAGGGCGUGUACUCGCUGUUCUCGGCCAACAACGACGCCAUCUGUGUGGCGUGGGUGACGACCACCUGGAGCGACGACCGCGGCGGUAACCAGUACGCCGUGUCCGGCGACUACGGCGAGGCCUGCGGUGGCACCUGGUUCGAGAGCCACAUGUACCCCAACGCUGAUGAGGAGUACCAACCCAAGUGCUUCUGGAUCGACAAGGACGGCGACCAGCCCCAGACGGGCUUCCAGGUCCGCUGGCCGGCAUUCUCCAAGGACGAGUUCAGUGAAGACGACACCGACCCGUCCCGUCUGUGCAACGACAUCGACUUCGGCCUCCGUGAUGAGGAAGAUCCCAACUCCAUCACCCACUACGUCCAGAAGAAGCGCAGCAACAAGCUCCGUGUCCGCCAGCCCCGUCGCCGUCCUCAGUGGGCUGACUCGGAGAUCGUCAUCAGUGACGCGAAGCAGCACUCGGCCAAGAGACUGUGCCAGUCCGACACCUCGAUGGGCCCUGACUUCGCGCACACCGGCGAGGAACUGUUCUGCGACAUGGAGGCCAAGAUGCUGUACGCAUUCUGCACGGGCAACGACAAAGAGACCUGCUUCGAUCUCGACUCGCAGUCUCUCGCCACCCAGAACAACGGCACCAUUGGCGGUAUCUCGCGUCUUGCGACAACGGGCGGUAUUAACACCCCCUCGGUCAAGCUCAAGGCCGGCUCUACCGGUUCCAAGAGCAAGUACGCGAGCACUCGUGACUGGCGUAGCACCGCCAAGAAGGUCUAG